UGCCCCUGGAAUGAGUCGAGCGCGAGGCUAAAAGGCGGUCCAGGAACGUGCAUACUACUGAAGCGAUAGGCUGGUGUGCACGCGGGGUUUGGUUCCAGAAAUUCUCCAUCCCAUACGGCUCGAGGAACUUCGAAGAGGUCUGUCAGCAAGGCACCAGAGUUUCCACGGCAGUGACGAGUGCACGCACGCACACGCGUGUGUGUGUGUGUGCAGAAUCAUGGCCAUGGUCUCCUGCUCUUUGCUCAGUGUAAUGUGUGUGUUGGCAGUAAGCUUUGCUCAGUCCGAGCCCAAAACACCUGCCCAGAUACAGAUCCGUCUGGCGGGGGACAAACGCAAACACUACGAGGGCCGGGUGGAGGUGAACUACAACGGUGAGUGGGGCACCGUCUGCGAUGAUGACUUCGACAUCUCAGCUGCCCAUGUGGUGUGUAGGGAGCUGGGCUACCUUGGAGCUGUGGCCUGGUACCCAUCUGCCAAGUAUGGGAAAGGAGAAGGGCAUAUCUGGCUGGAUAAUGUGCACUGCACGGGUAGAGAGGCAUCUCUGGCUGACUGCCUCUCCAACGGCUUUGGGGUGUCAGACUGCAGACACACGGAGGACGUGGGGGUGGUGUGUACCCAGAAACGCAUCCCCGGGUUUCACUUCAUCAGCACCUCCAGCAAUGAUGUGGAGACUCUGGAUGUGCGGGUAGAGGAUGUCCGGAUCCGGGCCACGUUUUCCCAGCGCAAGCGCAUUCCCAUCACAGAGGGCUUUGUGGAAGUGAAGGACGCUGGAAAAUGGAGGCAGAUCUGUGAUGAGUGGUGGAGUCCUAUGAACAGCCGCAUUGUGUGUGGAAUGCAUGGCUUUCCUGGAGAGAAGGGCUUCAACACCAGAUCCUACAGGCUGCUCUCUGCACGCAGGAAGAAGAACUACUGGGGCUUUUCGGUGAACUGCACGGGGAACGAGGCGCACCUGUCCACCUGCCGGAUGGGCAAACACAGGCUGAUGGGCAACAGCACGUGUGCGCGUGGGAUGCCAGUGGUAGUGAGCUGUGUCCCAGGCAGACUGUUCGCUCCCUCACAGUCCCUGGGCUUCAGGAAGGCCUACCGGCCGGAGCAACCCCUGGUGCGUUUGCGUGGUGGGGGGAACCUGGGUGAAGGCCGGGUGGAGGUGCUGAAAGGUGGAGUCUGGGGGACGGUGUGUGAUGAUAACUGGGAUUUGAGGGCUGCUACAGUGGUGUGCCGUGAGCUGGGGUUCGGAACCGCCAAGGAAGCUCUGACUGGGGCGCGGCUGGGGCAAGGAAUGGGUCCUGUGCACAUGAACGAGGUGGAGUGUUCAGGCUUUGAGAAGUCCCUGACGGAGUGCUACUUUAACCGAGACGCUCUGGGCUGCAGUCACGAGGAGGACGCUGCCGUCAGGUGCAAUGUGCCUGCCAUGAGCUUGCGCAGCAGGCUACGUCUGAGCGGAGGCCGCAACCCGUAUGAGGGCAGGGUGGAGGUGCUUGUUGAGAGGAAUGGCUCCAUGGUGUGGGGAACCGUGUGCAGCGAGAACUGGGGAAUGAUUGAGGCGAUGGUGGUGUGCAGACAGCUGGGCCUUGGCUUCGCCAGUCACGCCUUCCAGGAGACGUGGUACUGGCCAGGAGACGUUAGUGCGGACUCGGUGGUGAUGAGUGGGGUCCGGUGUUCUGGAACUGAGAUGAGUCUCGCUCAGUGCCUCCAUCAUGGGAAACACCUCAGCUGCCCGAAGGGUGGCGGUCGCUUCGCUGCUGGAGUGUCCUGCUCCGAUGGUGCCCCUGACCUGGUGCUGAACGCAGAGCUGGUGGAGCACACCACCUACCUGGAGGACCGGCCCAUGUACAUGCUGCAGUGUGCUCACGAGGAGAACUGCCUAGCCAGCAGUGCGGCGAUGGCCGACACCAGUUCCUACCGACGCCUGCUGCGCUUCUCCUCGCAGAUCCACAACAACGGCCGUGCAGACUUCCGCCCCAAAGCCGGGCAGCACGCCUGGAUCUGGCACGAAUGCCAUCGGCACUACCACAGCAUGGAGGUGUUCACGCACUACGACCUGCUGAGCCUGAACGGUACCCGGGUGGCAGAGGGUCACAAGGCCAGCUUCUGCCUGGAGGAUACGGAGUGUGACGAGGGCAUACCAAAGAGAUAUGCUUGCGCAAACUUUGGACAACAAGGGAUCACUGUGGGAUGCUGGGACACCUACCGGCAUGACAUCGACUGCCAGUGGAUCGACGUGACAGAUGUGAAACCGGGCGACUACAUUUUCCAGGUUGUAAUCAAUCCCAAUUAUGAGGUUGCAGAGUCUGAUUACACCAACAACAUCAUGAGGUGUCAGUGCCGCUAUGAUGGGUAUCGGAUAUGGACGUAUAACUGCCAUACAGGUGGUUCCCGGAGCUCAGACGUCAACGAGUUUCCAGGAAUUAUGACCAACCAGCUGCAGCGGAGGUAGAGAACGCGUGCACCGAGAAGGACGAGGACAGGCUCACGUGGAGGAUGCAAUCCGACGUCGAGACUGUUCAACCCAGACCAACCACUAGAGGGUACCUCAGCGGUGCUGAAGUGAGGCACACCCACCUCUCCACAGAUGCUCUCGUUCACCGUCCGUCACGGUUGUAACACUCAAGACUCCUCCGUCUCUCCGUGCUCUGGACUGUCAUCUUUAAACCGUAGUUUUUGUAGUCGUUUAGUUCACCCAGUGCCACAAACUCCAGUAUUAUCAUAUUCGCUUUGUUUUAGCUUAACUUGGAGUUGUUUUGGGAACCCCGAUCUGCACCCUUUUUUAAUUUUGGAGCUUCUCUGGCUGAAUAUUCGUGCCGCCAAGCAUCACGAUAACAACUGCUAGCAGUCACGGACUUUUCAGCUCUGUUAAAGUCUGCUGCAGAUUUGGGAGGCUUGUACUGACCUAGUGUCCUCUGUUUUAUGAGGACAGAACCCGUGUGGACGGUACCUGCACACAGUGUUUACUUCUGAUUGGAUAACACAUUGGGCAUCAGUGGUUUAUACAACAAAAAGAUUUUUUAAAAUUGUUCACUUGAUUAAUAAAAUACCUUGCUUCUAAUGUACUACCUAGAGAACCAGAUAUUUUAGUUUCUCAUAAGAACAAACUUUAUUUUUUUUAAAGAGAGAUGUUUAAUCAAAUAGAACCAAACAACAUAACAAAUGUAUUAAGAAAAAACAGUUGUGACAUUACAAAAUUCAGCACAGCUGUACCCACAUGUGCAGCUAUGACUGGGACAUGGCCGUAAUAUAAAAUAACAACACUAUUGAUAAAAGGAACCCCAUGUAGAUGUGAUUCAACACUUGAGCUAGUUAUUACCACUGCAGAUGGUCCCAGGUCAUACCCUACUGUAGUAGUUACUGUUGAUGCAUUAAAAGAUUUACAGAUGACUUUUUUUAAACAAUCAACAUUUUUCAUCUGAGCAUCAUUCACAAAUUAUUGUUUUAACACACAAAACAACAACAAAAAAAAGUCUGUGAAAGACACACUGUACUUCUAAUAAAGUGACACGAUUAAAUGCAAA